AUGGUGCUGUCUCUCAUGAAUAAGGACAAGUUUCUUCACGUGGUGAAGGUCUCCAUGGAGAGCUCCCCUUACUUCCAGCUGGUGAGCUCCAGCGAUGCGUACCGUGCCGUGCCCCCGGGCGCCUCUGCCCCUGUGCGCAUCCGCUUCACCCCCAGCAAGAACAGGGAUUAUUGCCACGAGCUGGUGUGCCUCACUGCAAGGGAAAGGAUCGUUGUGCCAAUUCGGGCCAUUGGUGCCCGAGCUGUGCUGAACUUCCCUGCCCAGCUGGACUUCUCCAAGUGUCCAGUCAAGGUCAGCACCCAGCAGACUCUGCUGGUGCGCAAUGUCGGUGCCCGGGCAGCUCGGUACCAGCUGAGAACCCAGAGUCCUUUCUCCGUGGUGCUGGCCACAGGAGCUCUGGGCGCUGGUGACACCGUGCAGGUGACAGUGGCAUUUCACCCGCUGGCCAGCGGUGCCCAUUGCGGCUCCCUGGCCGUGUGCUGCAGCUCAGGUGAAGAAAGAAUCCACACAAAGCUCCAGGGAGAAGCUGUAGAUGUCAUCGUUGGGCUGAGCACAAAUUCCGUGGAGUUUGACAAGACUUUCACCACCAUGUCAAGCCACAGAACCCUGUUCAUUGAAAACAGGAGUAACAUCACAGCCCACUUCCAGUGGAAGGCUUUUUUGCUACUGAGGAAGAAGAGAAUGAAGAGAAGAGGAGGUUGGUUUGAAAGAUGCAUUUCAGUGAGAUACAGGCCCAAGACUGAAACUAACGAGUGGCCUCAGGGGAUGCAGUGUUUGCUGCGGCCGCCCAAAGAGGUGUCCCAGGAAAACUUCCCAGAGGAGAAAGAAACAGAGAAGGUGAAGGGCUUUUGUGGAGAUCACAGUGCCCUCCUGAGCAGCAUGGACCAGGAGAAGAUGGCAAAGGUGAAACUGAUGAACCAAGGAGCUCUUGAUGCUCCCUUCACCUGUCUCUCUUCAGCCACCAACCUGGGCUUGCUCUUCAAGUUUGCCCCCGAGGAGGGCAUCAUUGCAGCAGGUGGGAGCCAGGCUGUGCAGAUCUCCUUCAGAGCCACUAUGCUGGGGAGCUUUGAGGAGGAGUUGCAGUUCAGUGUGGCUGGAUCUCCUAGGCCUGCCAUCCUGACCAUCAAGGGCAGCGUCACUGCACCCAGUUUACACUUCGACCUCGCUGAGCUCGACUUCGGGGACAUCUCCUUUGGCUUUCCCUACACGCAGCGCUGCCGCCUCACCAGCAGCUCCGCGGUGCCCCUGACGUUCCAGCUCCGCAUGUCGGACGAUGGCACGCAGCCGGCUGUGGACAGCGUGGAUCAGAUCCGCAGGGACAGCGACCCGGCCUGGAGCAAGGGAAUCCAUUUCCAUGUGGAGCCCAGGGAGUUCACCAUCAAUCCCAGCGGAGGCACCAUCCUCCCCCAGGGACACCAGGACAUCGAGGUGACCCUGUGCUCCAACACGGUGAUGGAGUUCUACCGGAGAUUGCUGGUGGACCUGGAGGGUAUUGGCAAGGGAGUGGCAGCCCUGAUCAUCACAGCCAGGUGUCUCGUUCCUGAGCUCCAAGUGUCCUCCCCAGUGCUGCUGUGUGAUGAGUGCCACCUGAAGGUGCCCUAUGAGAGGAAGAUCCUCAUUAGGAAUGCCAGCCACCUUCCUGGCUGCUACAGGCUUAUUCCCCAGAAGCGCAAGGAGGACUCUGCUGUGCUCUACUCCAGCCCCAAGCCCUUGCAGGCCCUGGGCACGCAUCGCACCGACGUUCUCAUCGGCGUGUUCGGGGAUGAGAGAAACCCCCUGGUGUAA